GACCUUUGAUGCAUCUUGAUAUAACUUUCACACAGCAAUGUGAUAUGGAAUUAAACACAAGUACAUAGCAUCAUGUUAGUGUACGUUGUUCUAGGCUGUUUUUCUUUAUUACUUUAUAUUUUUUUCAAAAGAUAUACGAAUGAGAAAUCAAGGAUUAUCGCAAAGAUUCCAGGACCCAAGGGAAUGCCUAUCUUGGGGAAUGCACUCCAGGUUGAUUUAGAGUAUAUUCACAAGGAUUUACUAAGAUGGGCUGGAGAGUAUGGACCAAUCUUUAAGUUAAAUUUUGCCGGGGAUUUGGUUGUUGUACUUAACAGCUUCGAUGCCAUCUACGAAGCUCUAGUGACAAAAUCAGAAGAUUUUGCAGGAAGACCGAAUGACACAUUUAGAGUCAAAACAUUACAAGGAGGCGAUGAUGUUAUAUUUCAAGACUACACGGGUAAAAUUAGAUACAUGAAGAAACUCAUGCUUCGGGGUCUAAAGAUGUACGGCGAGGAACGGUCGAAUAUCGUAAACAUCACCCAAAGUGAAAUUAAGCUGUGUAUGGAUAAAUUUGCCGCCAAAAACGACGAGUCGUUUAUCUAUGACGGUGCUGUUGACACAAUGCUCAUGAAAAUUCUUUCAGAAGUGAUAUGUGGAGUUCAGUUAUCAGACGAUCAUCCUUAUAUUAAACUAAAUACCGAGAUGGCAACGAAAGGUGUUAGAGUAUUGUCAGCAGGCAAUGGGGUGGAACUAGAUAUGUUUCCAUGGCUACGAUUUUUCGGAAAUCAAAAUUAUAAAGUACUGAUGGAGACGUGUGCAUUACGGGAUACUAUAAUGGAGGGACUGCGAAAUGAAUGUGAGAAAUUGCUUGAUUCCAACAACAGCGUCAUGGGUGUGUUGAUAAAAGCUCAUAGAGACCCCUUAACACCACACCAAAUAUCAGAUUCUAACAUCAUUAAGGUGUCAGGCGAUCUCGUUGGUGCGGGAUUUUCCACGACUAAAGCCACCAUCUCUGGAUUGUUUCUUCUACUGAUGAGGCAUCCAGAUAUACAGGCAAAACUUCAAGAAGAGGUAGACCAAGUAGUCGGUAAAGACCGGAAUCCGAGUGUUGACGAUAAAGAAAACAUGCCGUACCUUCAAGCGACGCUUAUCGAAGUGUUACGUUAUUUGUCGCAUUCGCCGAUUGCUGUCCCUCAUAAAACAUUGGUACACACAAGCGUUGCAGGAUACGAUAUUCCAAAUGGAGUACAGGUUUGGACGAACAUAUUUGCGAUGCACCACGAUCCCUUACUGUUUCCCGAUCCUUGGAAAUUUAAACCUGAACGCUGGUUCGAUAAUGAUUGCAAAUUGGUAUCUUUAGAGGAACGAAACAAAGCUAUAUCAUUUGGAGCUGGUAGACGUGUUUGUGUCGGGGAACAGUUUGCAAGAACCAGAUUAUUCCUGUUCUGUGCUACAUUGUUGCAGAAAUUCACGAUCUGUCCACCAGAUGACUCUCAAAGCCCGUCACCUGAUCCACGUGACUUUCCUCUCGGAAUAAUACUCCACCCUGUGCCAUUUCAAAUUAAAGCAAUAGCGAGACAAUAA